GCGGAGUAGCCACAGCUCUAACACCUACCCACGUAGCUCUCUGUUACUCGACCACCUACCACCGACAACCACGACCAUGGCCUCCUCCGACCUUAACAUGCUGGUCGACAUGGGCUUCGACCAGGAGCGCGCCAACAUCGCUCUCAAAAAGUCCGGCUCGCUCCAGAACGCCAUAGACUGGCUGGAGAAGAAUCAAGACAAGUCUCUCGAUGACAUCAAGGUUGAAGACGCUGCCGGUGACCAGAUGCCCCCGGCUGAUGCUGCUGAAGCGCGAAGCCUCAGGUGCAAUGAGUGUGGCAAGCUGUUCAGAGGCACCGCUCAGGCCGAGUGGCAUGCUAGCAAGACUGAACACACCGACUUCGAAGAGUCUACGGAAGAGAUCAAGCCUCUCACCGAAGAGGAGAAGGCAGCCAAGCUAGCGGCACUCAAGGAGAAGCUCGCUGCCAAGCGCGCUGGACAGUCUGACCAAGACAAGCUCGACAAGAAGCAGAACGAGGAAAUCCGCCGCAAAGCCACCAAGGAGUCCCAGGACGCAAAGGAAGCUCUUCAAGCCAAGGAGCGCAUCAAGGAAGCUCAAGCCAAGCGCCGCGAGAAGCAAGAAGAAAUUGAAGCGCGUAAGCGCGUGCAAGCCAAGAUUGAAGAGCAGAAGGAAGCGCGACGCCUCAAGGCCGAGCGCGAGAAGGCCGCCCGCGCCGGCCAAGCGCCGCCCGUGCAUCAGCCCGCCGCAAUGCCCACAUCCUCCGGCCCUACGACCUCGAAGCCAGCGAGCGAGUACACUGAAGCGAGGCUGCGGCUGCAGACACCCAACGGCACGGUGCAGAAGACGCUGCCGGUCGAGACGACGCUUUUCGAGCUGGCACACCAGCUGGCGCAGGAAAAUGGUACGCAGGUCACGAGCUUCACGCAGAACUUCCCCAGAAAGGUGUUUGACCAGACGGACUUUGGUCAGACUCUGAAGGAGGCGGGCAUGGUGCCUAGCGCCGCGUUGAUUGUCAAAUGAGUGCUUCGCUGUGGCGUCACUCUCUUCACGAGAUAUGGCUGGUGUUUUUUUUCCAGGGCGCCUGGUGUUGCCUCUCACCUAAGGGUGGAGAGAUUUCCAUGACGAGCUGAUGGUAGUUGCAUGACGUUGAUGAGGUUGCAGUAUGAGAAGGAGCCAGCCGGCUGGCAGCCAGGGGAGAAUUCUUAAUCUAUUGAAAUUCUAUUCCCUCAAAGCUCGGAUGCUACUUGCUAUUCAUGAGAAAAGAGAGACCUAAGACGUAAUUGAUUUAUGAAUACAGCAGCUUUAAGGGGUGAUAAAGUCAUCUCGUUAAUCUUCCAACUAUAUACAGUAAUUUCGGGUAAUUAUGCCCAUUGCAAUCAAUUCGGAU